AUAAUCGUAUUGCUAUGACAGGUCGUGCUAGACCUCAUCUGCUCUUUGUUUCAGGUACUGAUUCAGAUUACAUUUCCCAGAUGGAACUCCAUUCUCUAUUCUCCCACUCUGUCCUUGCUUCUAGAUGGACCAGCUAACUGGUUCUCACCCAUCAUGUGAGACCAAAGAAUACAUAUUACUUCUAGAUAAGAGGAGGUGUGCCAUGCUCUCUCAUUCUUCAUCCUGAAGCUGGAAGAAAAGGACUCCCAGGCUUUAGGAGAUGGUAUUAUUCAGAGGUGGAAGCAGCCUAAAUUCCUGUGUCACUUUCUGGAGGAGAGUAUUCAAGACAGACGACUGAUUAGGAAUAUCUACACUGAUUGUUUUGUUAUUCUAAUCUGAAUGGCACAAUUAUACAUCAUCUUCAUUAGUCUACAGGUACCUGGGGAGAUUGGGAUGAAGAAAGGAGGGCAACUUGAAUGAAGGUGGAGGAGAAAAAUGACAGAAAAGAAAGCAAAGGAUCGCAAAGCUCAGUGUGGCAGCAGCCUCUCUUCCCCUCCUGAGAGAGUCAAAGGGUGGCACCAGGGACUCAUGAUCCAUGGCUGUGGAAGCCUCAUGUCACACUGGAUGUCACAUGAGGUGGGAUGGAACACAGUGACCACUCCACCUCAUUUCCUUUACAGUUUCCGCGCUGGACCAUGGCAGUGAACAGCCUUCAGGCAUGUCUACAGCGGAAGAUCUGAAUUCAGGCUGGUGGCAAGAGACAACACAACCACAUUUUCUUCUAUGCAUACAUUUGGUUUCAUUGACACAUUAACCACAGACAAAGGGUUAAAGGCCACAAGGCGUUAGGUUAGUAUGAACAGGGAAAAGGGACUUUUUUUUUUUUUUUUUUAAAGAAAAUAAAAAGCAUCAGUAUUGCAAAGACUUUCCAUGAUCCCACACCCACCUCAAAAGCCCCCUCUCACCACAGGAAGUGCGCUGACCAUUGGAGGCAUAAAAGAGGUCCUGAAAGAGCCUGAUCCUCACUCUCUCCCUGCACAGCUCAGCAGGACCUCAGCCAUGAGACUUCUCACCCUGGCCCUUCUUGGCAUCUGCUGUCUCACUGCAUACAUUGUGGAAGGUGUAGGGAGUGAAGUCUCAGAUAAGAGUACCUGUGUGAGCCUCACUACCCAGCGACUGCCAGUUAACAGAAUCAAGACCUACACCAUCAAGGAAGGCUCCUUGAAAGCAGUAAUUUUUAUUACCAAACGUGGCCUAAAAGUCUGUGCUGAUCCACAAGCCAGGUGGGUGAAAGACGUGGUCAAGAGCAUGGACAGGAAAUCCAACACCAGAAAUAACAUGAUCCAGACCAAGCCAACAGGAACCCAGCAAUCGACCAAUACAGCUGUGACCCUGACUGGGUAGUAGCCUCUGGCACCCUGUCCCUCUCCAGCCAGCAAGCUCAUUUCACUUCACACACGCAUGGACUGAGUUUAUACUCACCUUUUAUGAAAGUAUUGCAUGAAUAAAAUUAUUCCUUUGUAUUUUUACUUUUAAAUGUCUUCUGUAUUCACUUAUAUGUUCUAAUUAAUAAAUUAUUUAUUAUUAAGAAGAGUUCCCUAGUCUAUUCAUUGUAUGUAGGGAAAGGUAGUAUAUCAUUUGUGUUUGAUUUCUGUCCUACUUGUACCUCUCUUUGAUGGUAACCGUAAUGGAAGAGAUUCUGGCUAGUGUUUAUCAGAGGUGAAAGCUAUAUUGAUCACUCUUAGAGUCCAGCUUAUAAUGGUUCUUUACACAUGAGUCACAAGUUACAGCUGUGACAAUGGCAACAAUUCGAGAUUAUUGUAACUUGUCUCUAUAAUAGAAUUCUAUUUAUAGAAUAUGGGAGAAAAUAAUCCAGUCUUCACUGGGUUCCCAUUCUGAAGGUUCACUACUCAAAAAUUUGCUUCACUCAAUUGUUUUUUCACCUCUUUGUGUUUUAUUUUGGUUUCCUAUUAAAGGAAUAAAAUGACA